AUGUUGUAUCGAAUAGCGGUAUCCAUUCUCAUACUGUUGAUAAUAUUUUUGAAUCUCUUCUCUCCCACAGUCCCACUCUCCUUGAAGAAAAACUCCGAAUUCCCCCCAUUAGUUCUUCCUAUACAUGUGCGAUUUGGUGAUGAAGGCUAUAUAUUCCCAGAUCUAGUUGAAGCUGCCCAAUUGCAGGUUAAUUCCGAAUUGGAAAACUUACAGAUUAAAAAUUGGAAAGUAUUAUUAGUAGAUGAGUUAGAAGAAUCGAGAAAUAUUGAUAGAGAGAAGAAUUCAUUGAAGGUGACAGAAUCUAAAUUGAUAUCUGGGGUAGAUGAAAAAUCACAGAACAGAAACCAAGAAAUUUCCAAUGAUGUGUACUCUAUAGUAUUAUUUAGAUCGGGUGAUAUUUCUGUCGGGGUAGACACAGAACAGUGUAAGACGUACUUGUUUUAUACGGCAAGUGCUGUGUAUGCCAAUGAUUUACCAUUCUUUAUCACACAAGCCGUAAUUCACCAUUUCAUGAAAUCAGAAAUUUUGAUGCUCCAAAAUGAUGAACAUGAGAUUAAUUUACCACUGAAUUUGACUGUCAAUUUUGCAACUCCUCUACAAGACGAUCCGAUAAACCAAUUGGAUUGGAGUUCUGCUAUGCAAAUGAUAUUCCAGCCAUUUUAUGAAAUUUUGUACCAGAAGGCAGGCAUGGUUGUAGAUCUGUUUAAAAUACAAAGAGAUUGGAGUCCUAUAAAUAAUCUCGACGACGGUGAGCUUACUUACUAUUGCAGUCAAAACGUGAGUUUUUAUCCGAAUUAUAAGUAUAUAGCAACAAAUCCAGAACUAAUGAAAUUCAUUUCUGAUAGUAUAUAUGCCAUUGAAAAACAGAUGGGUAUUCCAGAGCACCCCGACAAUAAUCUUAGAUUAAAGUUGCAAAUGGUUAAGAGAGUAGUGGCAGUUAGAAAGCUAAGGAAAGUAAGAGAGUUGCUAAUGGAAUUGAUAUCAAAGGGUGUAAUAUCUUCAAAGAGCUAUGUGGAAGAAUAUGAAAAUUUGGUUGGCACUGGCGGGAUGCAACCAGGGCCAGCAGAUGAUGAGAUCAGCGCAUGGGAGCAAUUUUUUGACCGUUGUGAAAAAUUAUUGCAAAAGAUUGAACUAGUAGAAGAAAAUGGUGGUAGUAUAUUGAGAUUGUAUUAUAAGAUUGUUUGGAAUUAUUUUGAUUUGGUGCUAAGCUUUCUAAUUGGGAUGUUAUUAUUUACUCUCUAUAUAGGGUGA